GUCCGCGCGCGGCAAACGGUCCCGCGUCGUCGUGCCGUCCGCUUCUACUAGCGCACGGUUAAUUUUUUUAAAAAUUUUUCAUUAGUAAUUAUUUUUACGCGCACACUACAGUGCACGAUUAUUGCACACAGCGAACACUCCGAAUCUUACUUAGGUACUCCGAGACAAUACUGUAAGCGGUGAGCGUUUUUUUUUUUCGAAAACCGCCGCAGUCGUAUAAUAUCGUCUACACGACGUAUAAUCAUACGCUCACCUAAUAUAUACACUCGUGAUAGGUGUAUAUUAAAAAUCAAAAAGUUAACCGAACACACAUCGAAAUAAUGUUGAUGAUGAACGAUCUGGGAUCAAUGGCUGCCGGUAUGAUGCCGUUUGACCCGAUGUGCGGUAGCCUCUACGAGCAGCAGCCGCCCAAGCCUCGCUUCAUAUUCAAAAUGCCGCGAGUCGUGCCCGACCAGAAGAACAAAUUCGAAACCGACGAACUCUUCAGGCGUUUGAGUCGCGAGAGUGACGUUCGAUACACCGGUUACAGAGACAGACCACAUGAAGAACGUCAAAGUCGAUUUCAAAUCGGAUGCCGUGAAGGUCAUGUAGACAUUGCAUUCACUGCGACUGGAACCAAUUUGCAAUUAAUGUUUACUCCAAGUAUGCCGAUUCCUUCAUACCAUCAAUCUACCAAUGGUACUUGUAAUUUCGAAAAAGAACGAGGAAUGGUUCACAUACUGUCGCAUUUCAUAAUGAAUGGUGUGUGCGUCCGGUGGAAAGGGCGCAUCGACUUGGACAAAUUGGACGGUAUUGGUUGUCUGGAGUUUGACGAGGAACGAGCAAUGAUCGAGAACAGGAUGUUGCAAGAGCAAAUCGAGAGAUACAACGACCGUAUCAGAGAAUAUCAGGACAAACCUCGUGCCUAUAGAAACCAAGAGCGCGGUGUUACUGAUUCAGAUUUAGACGUGAAAAGAAGAUUGAACUAUUAAAUCAUUAGAUGCAUACAAAUAUGACUUGUGCGCGUUUAUACACAAUAUAUAUCUACAUAAUAUUGUAGUGUGUUUGUAUCUUUAUGUAUUUAUGUGCGUGUGUGUGAAAA